GAUGGUUACAUUGACUUUAUGGAGUACGUGGCUGCCCUGAGCCUGGUCUUGAAAGGGAAGGUGGAACAGAAGCUUCGCUGGUACUUUAAGCUGUACGAUGUGGAUGGCAACGGCUGCAUUGACAGAGGGGAGCUGCUCAACAUCAUCCGGGCUAUUCGAGCCAUUAACCCUUGCAGUGAUUCAACCAUGAGUGCGGAGGAAUUCACGGACACAGUGUUUGCCAAGAUUGAUAUCAAUGGGGACGGUGAGUUAUCUUUGGAGGAAUUCAUGGGUGUCCAGAAGGAUGAGAUGUUGUUGGACACACUGACCCGAAGCUUGGACCUUACCCACAUUGUUCGCAUGAUACAGAAUGGUGGGCAGAGUGAGGACCAAGGACAAGGGGAAGAUGGGGCAGCUGGGUGA